GGCUGCACAUAUAUGCUCACGUGCGACUGUUAUUAGCUCAUAAGACCGCUCCUAUAUGCGCCUCUGGAGUGAUUCUCCUGGAAUGACGCAUUCUGUCAUUGGAGAUCACAAACCUGGGAUGGACAUGAUGGACGAGGAGCAGAUGGAGAACGGAAUGGAUUCCGAUGAUGACCUUCAACUCGAGGAGAUACCCGAGUACCUAACAGACAGGAGAAGAGCGAAGUCCUUACCUGCGUAUCCAGAGCAGUUCAAACUUUACCACCGGAUCUCCCAGAAACACGUGAAGUUCGCGGACGCGCUCGGCUUGAAUCUGGCGAGCGUCAAGCACUUCAGCAGCAGCGACGAUCCUCAGAUUCCAGCUAAAGUCUUCACCAGGCUGAAGAGCUUCCCUCUCCACAGGGACCGGGAGAUCAUGGAUGACUUGUGCGUGAACAUCAAGUCCUCUCUGACUUUGGAUUAUCUGGUCCCGGCGUUCAAGACGCCCGUGGACUCCGGUGACUUGGAGACGCGGCUGACGCGCUGCCGCGUCGCGCUGGAAAGCAUCACGGUCACACAGUUAGAUGUCCGUGGGAUCAUACGGGCGAUGGGUGCGAGAGAGGUUGGGGUCAGGUAUACUUUCAACGACUGGCUGUCGUUCCUGGACGCGCAAGCCAUCCCCGAGCCCACAGAGGACAAGACGCGCGGAGAGCGCUUCUCCUUCGCCAUGUACACGCCUCCUGUCUUAGGUCAGAGCGCUGCUGUGCAAUUCGCCGUGUACAUGAAGGAUGAUAACUCUGAGUUCUGGGACAACAACGAUGGGAGGAACUAUUCCCUGAAGCAGCCUGCCACAGCUCGUCAUCCAGCCAGAUGCGACACGAAGUGAUGCGCUUUUACGCAAGGAUUCAUUACGCUUUUCACCGAGCACUGUUACGUGCUCUCAGAGAGGUGGAUUGGCAUUAAAAUCUGCUUAAAAGAAGUAGUUUACCGAGAAUGAAAUUCCCUCCAUCAUUAGUCACCCUCUUGUUGU